AUGUCAAAUAUAAAUGAUCACAUUGAUGUUGAAUGUCAAGAAAGUGAUGAUGAAUAUUUUAAUCCAAAAAAUAAGGCAGACUAUUCAGAAGGAAGUUAUGAAGAAGAUGAUUUAGUGGAUACUAAUGAUGAAUCAGAUGAUUCAGUGGAUAAUAAUGAUGAAGCAGAAGAAUACAAUGCAUUUUUGGAUUAUAAAAAAGAUGAAGAAGUGAAAGAAGAUGAUAUAUUUAACGAAAAUACAUUAUUAUAUGCUAUUAAAACGAGAGAAGUGUUAGAACAAGAUAUUUUAGUAUUAUUUAGCAAUAUGCUAAAAAAAGAAACAAUUUUAAGCAAAGAUGUAAAAAGUAAUAUAGAUGUAGAACCAGAAAUACUCAAAACAAGUAACUUAAAAACAGAUGAAAAGGAAGGAAAAGGAAAUGAUAAUAAACUUAAUUUAAAAAUAAAAAAUAAAGAAGUAUAUAAUUUUAUAUAUAGUAAAAUGAAUCAAAAUGAAAAUAAAAAUAUAGAUAACAAAAAUACAUACAAUAAUAAUAAGAUAUCAGAUGGGAAACGUACAAGUGUUAGUAGAACUGGAUUAAAUGAAAGUACUUCAAUUUUAAAAACACAAAGUUUUCAAAACUUAGAUAAAGAACAUUAUAUAUUAGAUCCAAAUAUAGUACAAAUAUUAAAAGAUAUUAAUACAUAUUUAAAAAGGGAAAGAGAAUAUUUACAUCGAAAAAUAGGUACACAUAUAGAUUCUACUUUUAAAAACCCAAUGUAUGUAACAUUAUAUAUUUAUAAUAAUGCAGUAUUAAAAGAUAUUAUAAUACAGGUUAUAAAUAUUAUUAAGAAUGAUUUUGAUAAUGCUAUUUAUAAAGAUAUUGAUGAAAAUUUGUUGAUAAAAAAUAUUUUUAUUUUAAUAAAUUAUUUAACAUCUAGACCAAGUAAAGAGUGGUUUGAAUACUGGCAUAAACAUAUGCCAACUUUUGGAAAUAAAAAAGGUGAAUAUAAUGUUUAUAAUUAUUUACAAAUAGAAAAAAAUGAUAGAAAAAUUUAUCGUAAUGCAUUAAAAAAUGAUAUAUAUAUAAAAGAGUUGCAAAAAAGAUCAAAUAUUAUAGAGGAAUAUCAAAAAGGAUUGGAAAGUUUAAAAUAUGUAUUAAGUGAUAAAAAUUUUAUAACUAUCCUUAAUGAGUUUAGAUAUAAUUGUCAGUUAUUUAUAGAUGCAGAUUAUAGAGGUAUUGAAGAAAAUGAAAAUUUAAUGGCUAUGCAAAGAAAAGAAAAUGAACUAAUGGAAACCAAACGGGUUCUAAAAGAGGAACUCCAAUCUUAUGCAGAAAAUUCAUGUAACGAAAGUGAUCUAAGUGAUGAUAGUAAUGAUUUAAAUCCUGAAUAUAAUAAAAAUGAACAAACCAAUGAAAAUUUCAAUAAUUCGAAUAUUAGUUCUACUCCAGAAGAAGAUAUAAAAAAAAAAAAUAAUAUUGUGAAAAAAAAAAUAAAAAAUAUUAAAAAAAGAAUAAAAGAAAUAAACGAAGAAUUACAUGAUAUAUCAAACUUUUUUUUAGAAGACAAAAGAAAACGAGAAAAAUUAACUCAUGAAUAUAAAGAAAAUAUAUAUUUAAUUAGAAAUAUAUUAUCACAAGUAUUAAGUAUUAGAAAUAUGAAAGGGAGUAGAGAUAUUAAUCUAAAUAAUGUACAUUAUGCAAUUUUACAACAUGCGCUAGAUAAGCAUAGUUCUUUAAAUCUUAUAAUUGAUGAAAUGAUAAAUUUAUUUAAAAAAGAAAUACAAAAAUAUGAAGAAGAAAAAAAUAUACAUAUUCCAUAUUUAAAUCAAAGUACUAUGAAAGACAUAUGGGAUUAUGUUAGACUAUUUUACAAUGUCAUAUGUUAUAUAGAUCCAAUUGAUUUAGUAAAAUCUUUAACAUAUCAAAAGGACAAAAUAAUAAAUUCUGAAAAAAAAUCUGUAAAUUUGGGUAAUAAAAAAAUGGCUGAAAAUACAUCUAAUACAAUAGAUAAUCAAAAUAAAAAUGGAAUCAAAAUAAGUAAGGGAGAAAAAAGAAAUAGCUUUUUAAAGACAAAAAAAAAUAAUCUUAUGUUAACCCAUUUGGCAAGAAUUAAUCCACUAUUAGCCAAACAAAAAAUAAGAAAACCAAAUGAAGAAAAACAUAUGAAAAAAAAAAAAAAAAAAUAUAUAAUUAGAAAAAAUAGAAUAGACUACUAUGAAAGUAUUUCUUUUGAAGAUUUAGCAUUUGAUAUAUUUUCUGAAGAGGGUUCUUUAAAAAAACAUAAUAUUUUAGAUAUAUUCGAUUAUACAAAUUUGUAUAAAAUACAAGAAUUUAUAAAUAAUAUUAUCGGAAUAAAUGAUGAAUUUGAAAAUAUUUAUGAUACAUGUGAAAAUAGUUAUAAUGACAAUAGUCCUUUUAGAUCAAGUGAAGAUAGAAAUAAUUCUUUUAAAAGUCAAGAAAAAAAAAAUCAACAAUAUUCAGAAAAUUUUAAUUAUUCUUUAAAAGUAUUUUUAAAUAUAUGUAUAAAGGAUCUCAAAAGAUGUAUCACUGAAUAUUACAACAAUCAAUGGGACAUAAAAAUUAUUUUCAAUAUUCAUGCAUGGAUAUUGACAUACUAUACAAAUUAUUACAAAUAUGAAAAUAAAAAAAGAUUAUCAAAUUCUAAAGAAAGAAAUAAUGUAAAAACAACAGGUAGUAUAUAUGGUAUAAAUAUAAAUGAUACAAAAGAAAAUGGAUUGAAAUAUACACAUACAAAUAGUAACCAAAUUGAAGAAAAAUCUUCACCAUUUAUUUCCAGAAUACAAAUGGUUCUAGGUAUGCAAAUGUAUAUAGGCGAUAACAGCAUUCACACUGAAUUUUUAUGUGAUACGUUUGAUAGAAUAAUUAGGGAAGAAAAAAUGAGAAAAAAUAGUAGUAAAAUAAUUUUAUGUUGUUUAAGAUGUUUGUAUGCCGAUUUGAACUUAUUAGACAUACAUGUAUUGUCUACUGAUGACAAUGUAAAAGCAAUUUGUAAAUCAUCUUUAAAUAAUUUUCUAAAAAGAAAUAUAUUAAAUAAAUUAAGUUGGAUUUUAAAAAAUUAUAAAAUUAUGAGCCAUGAAAAAAAUAUUUUUAUUUACUCUUUAAAAUGCAGUUUAUUAAUUAUACAACUUUUAGAAAAAUUAGGUGGAAUAACAUAUAUAGUAAAAGAAAGUAAAAAAAAAAUAUAUGAUGAUGAAGAAAGUGAAGAAAAUUAUAGUAAUUAUAAUGAAAAUGAAAAUUAUUCAAAUAAUAAUGAUCAAGGGUAUAAUGGAUUUAACGAACCAAUGGAAAAAAUUUAUGUUUCAAAUUUAGUAGAUGAAAUAUAUAGCGGGAAAAUAAUAAACAUAUGUAUGCAAAUUUUAGAAAAUUUUAAAAAAAAUCGUACAUAUAUUAAUGAUUUAAUUAUAACUUAUUUUGAAUAUAUAAUCAAACAUAAGGAUAAUGAAUAUAACUUUUUAAUAUUCUUUGAUAUUAAAUAUUUUUUAAUUUUUAAAGAUAUAAUAAAUGAUGAACAAUGCUAUACGAAUCCACAUUAUUAUUGGAUUGCAUCUUUUUUUGAAAAUAUCAUCUCAUGUUUUUUUAAGUUAUGGAAUAGUAAUCAUUUUAUUCCAAUCGAGUUAUUCUUUUCUAAAGAUGUUAAUAAAAACAUUUCCUCAUUAAUUAGUGAAAAUUAUAUGUUAUCAAUAUUUAGCAAUUAUAAUGAAGGUAACGAUUUAUAUAUUUAUGAACAGCUAACUAAAGGAAUUGGAAUAAAUGAUGUUUUUAUUCAAAUGAGUUCAAGAAAAAGAUUAGAACAUUUACAAUGGUCUGAAGAAGAUAUACAAAAUUUAAAAUUAUAUUUUAAUCAAUUCAAACACAUGCACAGUUAUUUAUCAUUUCUUAGUGAAAUGCUUAAUAAGCCACCAAAUACUGUAAAAAAUCAAUUAAUUUAUUUAAAUUAUAUUGAUAAACGGGGUAAUGUUUUAAAUUUUCACGAUUAUGAAUCUUUGCAUAGCUCAGGUAGAAGUUCAUCACAAAGUUCAGAUAGUAACUCUGAAAAUGAAGAAGAUAUUAGACAAAAAAAAAAAUAUACAAAAAAUAAAGAAACAAAUGAAAAUGUAAAAAAUAUCGAUUUUAAUGAUAUUGAAGAAUAUAAUAAAUCUAAAAAAAAACAACCAUUACUUUUCACUAUUUAUAAAUUAAAAAAAUUAAAUGAAAAACAAAAUCAAGAACAUAAUUUAACAACAAAUGAAAUCAAUUGUAAUGUUGAAAUUGUUUUAGAAGAAAUGGUUGGUGGUUUACGCUCUUUAUAUGAAUUAAAAAAAUUAUCGAAAAAUAAAUAUAUUUCUUCCAAAGCACAUGUUUUUGAUAUACCAUUGAGUAUGUCAUCUGAUUUAUUAGAACACCGUUAUUUUAAAAAAUUAUUAACAUUGCUUGGGUUCAUAUAUAAUAGUAAUAGUGAUGAAUGGUUUUUAGAUGAUGAUUUAGAUGUAGAUGUAUUUAGACAAAUUGUUGAAAAAUUUGAAGAAUUCCAUGUUAUACCAAUCCAGGAUUUACGAAUCAGAUUACUUCACCCAUUAUAUAAAAAAAACAAAACUAGCGAAAGUGAUCAUUCACAAAAUGAAUACUCACCACUUGGAAAUAAGAAAAACACAAAAGAUGCAGAAUCCACUAAUGCUGACGAAGAUGAUUAUGAUUUUUCAUUUUACAAUAACAAUGAUCAAAAUAAAGUUAAUCAAAUAAAUCCAGAAGGUUCUCAAAACGAAGAAGCAUUACAUAACAUACCAUUAGCAAAACCCAAAGGAACUCUUGAAUUAAUCAAAUUAAUAUAUGAGCUUUUUUCAAGCAAUGAUGAAAAUUUUAGAAUUUUUUUUAUUAAUUUAAUGAAUACUAUAUCAGAUAGAUUUAAUUUACUGUUUGAGCAUAAACUUAGGGAGCAUUUUGUGGAUCAAUUUGGUUAUUCUAUGGCUAGUACAACAGGUUGCAAUAUCGAUAAUUUUUCUAAUAAAGAAAAUUCUGAACAAAAAAAUACAAACAUUGAAAAUUAUAAAAUAUAUCUUAGCACAGAUGAAAAAAAUAUUAUAAAAUUGUGUUAUAAUUGUGAAGCUUUAAAGACAUUGCUAAAAUAUUUGGGUAUAUAUAUGUAUUAUUACGAAAAGUUAAUUAUAUAUAAAAAUAUAAUAAAUGAUGAAAUUGUUUUAGAAAGAAUUAAAGUAAUAAAUAAAUAUAAAACGCUAGCUAUACAAGAUAUAAAAAAAGCUAUUGAUGAAAAAGAAGAAUUAAUUGAACAAAAAAAAAAAAAAAAAAAAGAAAAAAAACCAACACCCAAACAAAAAUUUGAUUUUAUCAAACGAGUAUGUGAAUAUCUACAUUUUAAAUAUGUAACAUCAAAAAUAAAUAAUUCAACUUAUUUUAAUGAAAAUAAUAUUAAUGAUAUAUAUUUUGGUGAUGAUAAAUUAUUAAAUUUUAUUUAUGAGAAAUUAAAUUCUUGGAAUAAUAAAAGAAAUAAAAAAAAUGAUGAUCAAAAUUUAUGUCUUCGUAUGAUUGAUCUUAUACAGUGCAUUAUCAUACAAAAUGAUCGAACCGACAUUCCUGAAAGUAUCGCUAAUAAUAAUUUGGCUAGUUUGUACAUACCAUUUAUUAAAAAUAUAUGUGCAUCAAUAAAAGGUGUGGAUCAAAAAAUACAAAUCGAAAAAACAUCAAAUGAAACAUCUGAAGAAAAAGAGAGCGAGGAAAUUCAUUGGAUAUGUACAGAAAUACAUAUAAAAUGGAUAAAGGCAAUACUUAAAAUUUUUUACAACAUCCUAUUUGAUACUUCAUAUAAUGUUGUAGGAAAAUUAUUUGAAGAAUAUAAAAAUAUAAAAGAAAUACUAAAUGAUACAUCUUAUAAUUUCUUGGAUACUACAAAUUAUGAUCAGGGAUCUGGAAAAAUAAAUUCGGAUAUUAUUUCACCAAAUAACCAUAUAAAAACAAAUGAUGAAAUAAAUGUCAAAACUGACAUAAAGGAAAGUCUACGCAAUGAAAAAACUAAAGAAUCGAACAACCAAAUCGAAGAAAAAACAUUACAAACAUUAAAUAUAGAUGACGAAUAUAAUACUUCAUUAAAUACUUCUAAAAAAAGAGCAUUAAAUAUUGAUGAUGAUAAUAUGAGUUUCCGAAAUAAACGAAAAAUAUGUGAAAACAUUAUGUUACAGGAUUAUGCUCAUCUUUUCAAAAAGACAAAACUCCAAAAUUCUUAUAUAAAUACAUAUAAAAAAAACAGGAAAUUAAUUAUUACAUCUUUGCUUAACAAUAAAAAUAUAGUACAAUAUAAGGAAGUUGAUAUUAUUAACAAAGUUAAGCAGGUUGCCAUAAAGGCUCGACAGAUGGCAUCCACCGGGGAUCUAAGAAAAAGAUGGAAAACCCGAGAAGAUGUAAAGACAAUCCUUUUAUUAUAA